AUGCAUAAUGGGCACCAUCGCAAAAUCGAUGGGCAUCUCGACAGCAUUGAAGACUAUCUGCGUCGCAUGACGCGGCCACCACAGACACGAUAUGACCCGCCUUCACUGCAUCAGGUACCCUACACCGCUUUCUUCCUCGCGAGUAGCAGCCAUGAGGGGGGUCCCUCUUAUCAGUGCGCCAACGAGCAGGCAGGACUGCAGGCGAGCACGGUGUACGAUAUGCCUCCCUCUUGUGCUGGGCCGCUGUCAACUGCAACGAACACUUUGGUGGCUCCCCGAGCGAUGCGAGACUCCACUGCGGUGGGAACAGCCGCAGCAUACCUUGUUGAUCCCGCCCCAGCGCCGUUCACGGGCAUUCGACCGCCGACCUCGUCGCUUACAAGGCUUCCACGGGCGCUGGCGGAGGCUGCGCCCCCUCACACUGCUGCUCUUCUCUCUUCAAGAGCGAAAUUUCCGCCCUUUUCGCAGCAGGAGACCACACCGAUGCACAGCCGUGGCUGCAGCAACGAUAGCAGCAGCACCACCAGUGCCAGUGAAACGGCACACGAGAAAGGUACGACGCCAGUGUCCAACUCCACGGCUGCGUCAAGCCCUCUUAUACCAGCGGUGCAGCCUCCGCCGCUAGCGUCGCUUCAAGAUGCUGCUGCAGCCCGUGAGCAGGCAGCCGUGGUGUCCGCACGGCGCCGGAGCUGUGGCCCGCGCAGCCCCUUGCCUUUUGCGUCCUCCCAGGACAAGAGCCAAGGUCGCAGCAUGAGGGCCCUCUUGGAGGGGCUCGAGGAGCACCUACGAGCUUCACCUCUGCUACCGCAAUCGUCACAGCAAAUGGAUUCCGACCGCCACCCCGGCAGCAGCCGGCACUGUCACGAGCGCCACGGUGUUCACCCAACGUCGCUGCUGCAGCCGGGGAUCACCGAGCUGCCUCAACACAGAGAGGAUAAUUCGGCAGCCCACGAAAGAGCUGUGCAUAUCAUAAGGGAUCUCGCCACAGCGACAUCACCCACUACAGACGAUCAUCUCUCGUCGCUGCUCUCUUCGCUGGGUGGCAGCCCAAAUUCCUGUGAAACACCGUUUUGCCGUCGCCUCCGUCACCUCGACCAUCUUCUCGGCGACGGUGCAGCGCACGAUGAUGCCAUCUCCACACCGCGGUUUUGCUACCGUCACGAUGACAUCUCUGCCUUGGCAGGCACAUACGGUAGCAGCGAGCCGCGAGCCGCUCGAUGCCAUGACCCGCCCGCUGCUGAAGAGCCUGUAACGAAGAGAAGACUGCUGCUGGCGAGCAUGCCUUCAGUGUUCUACGCAAACGUGUCCGACGAAAAAACUCGCCUCCGCCAAGCGUACACCACGCGCCACGAGGCAGCGUCCGGCGCCGAUGUGCCGACUCCCUCGCGCCACGAGGCAGCCUCCGGCGCAGAUGCUGCGACACCGCUGCGCCUCGAGGCAGCGUCCGGCGCCGAUGUGCCGACUCCCUCACGCCACGAGGCGGCCUCCGGCGCAGAUGCUGCGACGCCGCUGCGCCUCGAGACAGCGUCCGGCGCCGACGUGCCGACUCCCUCGCGCCACGAGGCAGCCUCCGGCGCAGAUGCUGCGACACCGCUGCGCCUCGAGGCAGCGUCCGGCGCCGACGUGCCGACUCCCUCGCGCCACGAGGCAGCCUCCGGCGCAGAUGCUGCGACACCGCUGCGCCUCGAGGCAGCGUCCGGCGCCGAUGUGCCGACUCCCUCACGCCACGAGGCGGCCUCCGGCGCAGAUGCUGCGACACCGCUGCGCCUCGAGACAGCGUCCGGCGCCGAUGUGCCGACUCCCUCGCGCCACGAGGCGGCCUCCGGCGCAGAUGCUGCGACGCCGCUGCGCCUCGAGACAGCGUCCGGCGCCGACGUGCCGACUCCCUCGCGCCACGAGGCAGCCUCCGGCGCAGAUGCUGCGACACCGCUGCGCCUCGAGGCAGCGUCCGGCGCCGACGUGCCGACUCCCUCGCGCCACGAGGCAGCCUCCGGCGCAGAUGCUGCGACGCCGCUGCGCCUCGAGACAGCGUCCGGCGCCGACGUGCCGACUCCCUCGCGCCACGAGGCGGCCUCCGGCGCAGAUGCUGCGACGCCGCUGCGCCUCGAGACAGCGUCCGGCGCCGACGUGCCGACUCCCUCGCGCCACGAGGCGGCCUCCGGCGCAGAUGCUGCGACACCGCUGCGCCUCGAGGCAGCGUCCGGCGCCGAUGUGCCGACUCCCUCACGCCACGAGGCGGCCUCCGGCGCAGAUGCUGCGACACCGCUGCGCCUCGAGACAGCGUCCGGCGCCGAUGUGCCGACUCCCUCGCGCCACGAGGCAGCCGCUGGCGCCGACGUCUCCACACCAGCCCGCAGGGAUGCCGAGGACAGCGCGGCUGCUGGGUAUCUUGGUUUAUCAGAUAAAGUGUCCGUGGAUGCUUCGAGGCUGAGCGGAAGUUUAGGUGUGCGUUACGGGAGCGAAGGGCUUUCGGGUGCUGUGCGGUAUCGCGGUGUUGACGAAGCGAAUGCAGCGAUGCGCCAAGACGCUGAAGGGGACGUGCUGGCUACACUGAACAGCUUCCGCUCGGCAGAUGUGCACAACAGCUCCAUCCCUUCAUCUCCACAACAGCAGGAGCAGCUGUCGGUGGAAUCGGUCAGCACGGAGCUGACCGCGUUGACUGCCAUCAGCAUCGGGGGAGGCCUUUGUGGGCCCAGUCUCAGGGGCAGAGGCUACGUGAGCAACGAAGAGGACGUGAGUGGCGGCCGGUGUCUGGCGACGCGUCUCUGGGCACGGCGACAAAGUGUGCCGGCUGCGCAGCAGCUGCGUGCCCUGCGGAGACGCGAGCGUCAGCACCGGCAGAGCGUGGUAAAGCGGGAAGUCGAGGGACGUUACGCGAUUCGGCUCCGCGAGGCCAGCGAUGCGGCUGAUGUUGGUUUGGAGUGGCUGCGAGGCGCGGACGAAGACACUGUUACAGCCACGAGCUUCACGCUCUCCAGCUCUCCAUCUCGGCUCGUCGGACAGCUGCCGCAUCGCGUAAAAGACGGCAGUCGUAGGGAAGCGGGCGGAAGUCGAAGGAACGAUCGCUUAGCGGAUGACGGCGCCACAGCUGAGGUAAGUCGAUAUGAAAGCCGCAGCAGCAGAAGCGGUCGCACACUGUCAAGCUCGAAGAGCAGUAUGUCUGUCAUCGACAAUGCAGAACAGCAGCGUGCUUUCAAGAGGGCAUGUCCCGUCGGUCGCGAGGCUCAAGCACUGAUGUCAUCUCUUGAAGUGGCAACGGGAACUGCCGCUGAGGACGCCGCAACGGCGGAGACGCACGACUCUCCGGCCGCAUCGCUCACAGGAACACCAGGGAUGGCUGUGCGCGAAGUUGGCCAACUGGGAGGGAACCCCGCACCAAAAGGUGCGAUCGCUCGGGCAGGUGAGGAGCGCACACAGCAGCAGGAGUCUGACUACGCGGCCACACCCGACUUGGCCGCAAAGCCCACGUCUGCCGCAAAGGAAGACGCGUCGCCGCCUUCCCCCCAUAAGCCGCCCUCCUCUCACUGGAAGGGUGCACUCAGUUGUAGCGUCGACGCUGCCGCGGAUACGCCAGUCGACGAGACGGUGCACGCGGCAGCAACCGUAUUUCAGGGAGAUGACGGGGUGUCUAACGCCCACAUCGCCGACGCAUCGAUGCCGCACCCGCCACCGCCACCGCUGGAGGGGCAUUCCUCACCUCCUUCCGACCUGUGGACUCUCGACAAGAGGGAGAGCGAGGGUGACGGUGGCGAAGGGGAAACGGAGGCAACAAUAACGUCGGAGGGCCAUAAAAGAAGCAGGGGUAACGAUGAGUAUGAAGGCAGCAAGCACGCGAGUGGUGGCAGCAGCUCCGCUGGACACUCCAUCCCGUCAGGAGCAGGUCCGCUUUCUGCACGAGCGGCUGCCACCGCAGCGGACAACGACGCCCAGCCCCCAUCGCCCCCCAGCGGCGAUAAGAGGAUCAGCAGUAGCAUCAGCAGCGCGAGCUCCUCCAGUUCUGUGUUCAUUGUACAGCGCAUCAGGACUCAGCCGCAUCUGUCUCCAUCCGCAAGCGCAGAUGCCAGCAGCACCGGCACGGAGGGGGCAACAGUUGACGUGGAACACGCUGAUGCCUCUUCGGCGACGGCCUUCAAGUGGGUGGGUGCCUCCUCAGCGGCGGCUGCAGACAACGUUGCCGAAUACCAUCCAGUAGCAGGGGCGGGGAUGGUGCACGCACAAGCGAAAGCCGAUGCGGCUGUGCAGGCCAAUGUUGAGGAGAGGGGAGGAAGUGAUGGCGGCGGUGGAAGCAGCCGUAACGCUGCGGACAAUGAAGACGACCGCGGCAGUGGCCGUUCGCACUCUGCCGACGCUGUGGUGUUUGUGGGCGUGCCAGUUUUGCGUGAAAAAGGUGCCGCUGUGGAUGAACGCCCGAAGAAGGACGACGAUGCGCCGUGUCCGUCACACCUGACGCCGCAGCCAGCGGAGCCGUCGCUUCCGCCUUAUGCGACUGCUCGCACGAGUACAGAUGUGCCAGUGCCGGUGCGUGGGGCUGCAACAGCGAUGACCACUAGCCCCAGCGUUACCACCACCACAAAGCCGUUGAGCAAUGACCAUGGCGCACAGCACAGCACUGCAGUCCGUUCUCCUGCGCCGGCAUCCAUCACGGCACAUAGUCACCCUGAUGAGGAGCAGCCACAAUCGCGUCGGAACGCGCGCACCACAUCCUCGUCGGGUGCUUCAUCAGGGUCCUUCUUUUACUCGCUGCCUAAUCAAGGCACUGUCCGUGCUGUGAGCAGCGACGAGAGUCGAGAGCAGCAGCUGCUGCACCAGGCCAACACCACUGGUGAGAUGAUCUCACCUGUUUACCGGAGAACCAAGGUGGCGCCGGCACCGCACGCGUGGCACCAGCGCCCAUGCGAACAGCCUCGCACCGAUGAGGAUACAGGGCCCACAGCAGCUGACGUAUCCUUUCUCAGAGAGGCGUGGCACGGUGGCUGCUCGCCUGACGUAGGUGGUGGAAUUUACCCUGAUUACGACAGCCAGAGGGCCUCAACGGGGGGCUCCCUCCGCGGUUGCUCUAGCGGUAGCAGGGAAUCGGCUGAGAAUGCAGCACGCCACUCCGCGGCGGUGCCAGCGGCCCCGAAGCAGCCCGCCAUCUCGUGGACAAUCCCGCUAGACUGGGCAGACAGCCUGGAUGAGAUGGAUUGCCGAUACCCCUCAGCAGCGCAUGCAGCCCCCGACGCCUCCACCGUCUCUUCCAUCCCAUCCUCCGCGGCGGCACACAGCGACGCGUGUGCUGCAGCGAGAACAUCGCAUCGCUACCAGAAGACCCGCAGCGGGGCUCCGCGCCGCCGCCCGCCUCCCCACCUACGUCCUGGUCGUCCGUGGGCUCACCUUCUGACUCGUGGUCUCCGGGCAGUCUUCUUUUCGACCAGCAGUGGCAGCGGCAGCAACGACGAUAGCAGCGGAGAGGCUCGUGCGCAGGCAGCAAAGGAAGCGACGGGACCUGGUGAAGCAGCCUGUGCGGAUGCUGGCGCCCAGGACACCUUCUUCACGGCCGUACUGCCCGCUGUGCCACGAAGGUCUGGGCCUUGGUAUGCUACACUGGCGCAAUGCACCAAGAAGGAACACCAUGCUGCGCCUGUGAGUCUCGCUAAGGCCGCACCGUGGCAGCCUCGUCGUUCAGUCUGCAGGGCUUCAGCAGCACACAAUGCAGAAAAGGCGCGUGGAUUUGAAAAAUGGGCAAGGCCUGGAGCCGGCACUCAGAGCGUGAAUGUGCUGCGGGAGUCGGCAUCAUUGUACGCGACAGCGACGAGGUCGAAGGUGCCGACUACCACCACGUAUGCCACGCCAGGGAGGCGCUGGACUGCCGGCUUCGCUGUAUCAGCAUCGCCAGUGCGCACUCGUACGCUGCCACCCCCGCCCUGCAGCGCUGCUUCUGCUGCGACUGCGACUGGCUUGCAGACCCGCGCAGCCUCGGCACCGACGUACUCGGCUUCAGAGGCGGCACGCAACACUGCUGAAAGGUUGCUGCAGCUACGCCGACAACGGCAGCCAGCAGGGCCCACGUACGUGCAACUGUAUGAGCGGGAGCGCUACUCGCAUCUUAGGGCGUCCGCGAAUGUGUGGCGCCCCAUUCCGGCGACAAGAACCGCCACCUCACGUGGCAUCCGGGCACGUCAAGCUGCCCCUACUCCCAUUCGUGCGGGUGCCUGCGGCAGAGCUGCGGCGUCCCCGCGCAGCGCGGUGGUGUGGCGGCUAACAGGAGCCCCUCAACCCCGCGUUACUGAAGAGGGACGUGCAGUUCGGCAGCAGGAGCAGUGGGUGCUCCCCCUCAUAUCGACGCCUCAUGAAGCGGUGGCUGCUCGUCGGUUGUCCGAGCCUUCAGCGUAUCAGCCGCGUCGCCUGUCGGCUGCCGUCAUUCGCGGCGGGAUGACGAGCAAUGCUUCAUCAAGCGCACCAACGGAUGCCGCGCGUCAGACCGAGUGUGCAGGCGAAAACGUGCGUACCAGUAAUGUCGUACGAGCACAGUCACCGCUGUCCCUGUCUGGUACACCGCCAUCGUCGUCGCCCCUCUCGCUGCCGCCUCCACCACCCACAGUCGCCACCGCUCCCCGUCAUGCCGCACCGACAGCCCCGUCGAUGAAGGAUGCGGCAGAGGAAGGCCCCGGAGACGGCGACAAAGCCUGCAAGCCCUUGAAAGCGAGUGACCAGGCGGCCUCGACAGCGCACACCUCUGAACUGGCACAUGGCACGACCUCGUUGGGGCACGUUGGCUUCAGCGCGACAGCAGCGGCAGGGGAAGAAGGUGCCACUCGAGGUCGAGACGAGACGGAGCAGGCCGAAGAGAACGAUGGGGAGGGUUUGUUGAGGACCAGAUCGGAUGCCGAUAGCCGCAGCGCUCGGCGCGUAUCGACCCCUACUCCAACGCCCCCGCAGCCGCCGCAGCAGCCAUCAGGAGCUUCACUGCAGCGCACCCUCGCCGAUGACACCCCAACGGCUGCCUCCACGUUCGCCGAUGCAGAGCAUCACCAUGCGACGAAGACAACUCAAUUUGUGCCCACCCCGCCUGGUGACAAACCCGAGCACGGUCCUCAGUCGCAGCCGCUGUUACCAUCACCGCACGCGCUCGGACCUCAUCAGGUAGUCCUUUCCAAAGAGGAUGAAGCACAUGCAGCGGGGCUCGUAGAGCCGCACGCUGGCAGCGAUGAUGCAGCACAGCUCCUCUCGCAACAAGGCCCUGCUGAGCCGUUCAGGGGAGACCCAGCAGCAACAGGGGGAACAGAACGUGGACACGGAUUCGCCUUAGCUGCUGUGGGCACUGCAGAGAUGUGCCACACCGUUGCCAAUAGCCUUGGCGCGAGCACACCUGAGACAGCGGCGAACCCCUACCGCAGCAUCUAUGCGGCUGGUCAGGGCCAGGAUGUUGGGGUGCAUACCAGCCGUGCGGGGACGCCUGUGGAUCAGGAAAGUCUCUUGAGUCCCGACACAGAUGCAGCGCUGCUCUCCAUCUUUCCCGCGCCACCCAUGGCGAGUGAAGUGCACGCUGGACAUUGCACCCCCUCAGCCCCGUCUCCGUUUUCGCCGGCGACAGCGGUAUCUGCUCUUACUAUCGCGGCCGCGCCGGGACUUGCUACAAGCGCCGAUAUACGUUGCCAGCCAGGGGCACCGAGCACCCCCCAACUGUCACACUUGCACGUUGCUGAUGAGAGCCCUGCCCCUCUACCACAGCCGGCUCAGCUUACUCCUCAGCCAUCACCGAGAGUCGCAGAACCACGCGCAGGUGCAGCGAGUGCAGCGGAUGGCAACGAUCGCGUCAUACCCCCACCACCGGAGCAGCAGCAGCGACGUGAGAUACUGGAGAACCGCAUCGCACGCCUCGAAACGUCACUGAUGCUGCAGCGACAGCAGCGGCAACAGACCGAGCAACGUCGCUUCCGCGACCACGACCACAACGAGGAAGUGCCGGCGGACUACUUUGAGACUGCAACGGAUGGCGACGAGGAUCGCUUGCGGAGCGCCUGUGGAAAAGACGUAGAGUUGCGAAAGCAUAAUAUGCAAUCAUCCCAGCCACGCAGGCGGGGCCGCAGUGUUGAUAGCGUUGGAGGCCGCGGCGCUGUCGCUGUCAGUGGAAAGGGAAGAGGUGCGUCAGGGCAAGCCCAGAGGAGUAUGCUCUCGGCGCCGCAGACACAAGAUCACCAUCUGCUUGCGCCAGCGUCUGCCAUCCACUGGGCGGCUCGACCUGGAUUCAGCUUUAGCGGCGGCGUCACGGGCACUGGGGCUGUCCGCAGACAGGGUCUACCCGGCGCAGCUGUUACUACUUCUCCGCACAUGGACCACGGCAGCCGGAGCGGCUUGGCGGUUGCCUUACCCUCCUCUGAAGCCGUUUCUGCAAGUGCGGCACCUGGCGCCAGCAUCGCGUCGUACACGCGGCUUGCAUCUCGUCGUUACGGCUCGGCGGCUGCGUUCGCGGUUGCGACGCCGGCAGAUCCGAGGUACAGCCACGCCACCACGUCUUUCCUAAUAAGCGCGGACUGGCGCUAUCAGCGCAUGUACGUGGAUAGCAUGUACUUCCCGGAAGCAACCGCCGACAGCACAUCGCGGGGUGCCGAAGCGGCAAGCGAGGAUCACAAAGAAGAGAGCAGGUGGUUGGAAGCCACCAGUGGCGCACCAGAGGAUCCGGCAAACAGCGAAAGUGGACGAGCCACACCGGCCGCAGCUGUGCGGCGCGCCUCCUCUGCGAACAACCGCAGUGCCGAUGUCUUUGUGUGUCGGCCUCCUCACUGA